CAGCCAGGUCGGACUUGUCGUUAUCCUUACACCGAGGCUCCGUUAACCUGUAGCUCCUACACACACUGAAACGCACAUUUGUACCGAUAAAUGGCCGUUUAACGAGGAAACUCCUCGAUGAUGACGUAAACAGGACAGCGACGCGGUGGGCGCGGAGGUGGCAGAGAAAGAGCGCCACGUCAUUGAUCGGCGGAGGAGUCAGACAAACACACCCGGAAUUUAGUCCCCCGCUUUCGGACCAAACAUUAGACGGUUACACUUCACCGUUUGCCUUCAAUGAGCUGCUGUCUCCGUGCUGCUUGACAUUUACUUACCGGAGGACCAGACAACAAGAAGGUCAAAAUGACGGCGUCUAACUGGGGUCUCAUCAUGAACGUGGUGAACAGCAUCGUCGGAGUCAGUGUGCUCACCAUGCCCUUCUGCUUUAAACAGUGUGGGAUAGUGCUGGGAACUCUCCUGUUGUUCUUCUGUUCGUGGAUGACCCACAAGUCUUGCAUGUUCCUGGUCAACACAGCGAGCAGCACCAAAAGAAGGACCUAUGCAGGACUGGCCUUCCAUGCUUACGGGAAACCAGGAAAAACAGUGGUGGAGAUGAGUAUGAUUGGUUUGAUGUUGGGGACCUGUAUUGCCUUCUAUGUCGUGAUAGCUGAUCUGGGUUCAAAUUUCUUUGCUCAGCUGUUGGGUUUACAGGUGACCAGCAGUUUUCGCGUGCUGCUGCUGAUCGCCGUGUCUCUGUUCAUCGUCCUCCCUCUGAGUCUGCAGAGGAACAUGAUGUCCUCCAUCCAGUCCUUUUCCGCUAUGGCUCUCAUGUUCUACACCCUCUUCAUGUUCACGAUGGUGCUGUCCUCGUUCAAACACGGGCUGCUCAGCGGCUGGUGGCUAGUGCAGGUCAAUGUGGUGCGCUGGGAGGGUGUGUUUCGCUGUAUCCCCAUCUGUGGCAUGGCCUUCGCCUGUCAGUCGCAGGUGCUGCCGACCUACGACAGCCUGGACGAGCCGUCCGUCAAACGCAUGAGCACCAUCUUCACCUCGGCCCUCAACGUAGUCACCAUCUUCUACAUCACUGUGGGCUUCUUCGGUUACGUUAGUUUCACAGAGGACAUCGCCGGCAACGUGCUGAUGAACUUCCCGUCCAACCUGGUGACAGAGAUGAUUCGGGUGGGCUUCAUGAUGUCUGUUGCUGUCGGAUUCCCCAUGAUGAUCCUGCCCUGCCGCCAGGCCAUCAACACCAUGCUUUUUGAGCAGCAGCAGAAGGAUGGGACGUUUGCUGCCGGGGGAUACAUGCCUCCUCUGCGCUUCAAGAUGAUCACCCUCUGCAUUGUGUUCGGCACCAUGCUGGGAGGCAUUCUCAUCCCCAACGUGGAAACCAUCCUGGGUCUGACUGGAGCCACCAUGGGCAGCCUCAUCUGCUUCAUAUGCCCUGCUCUCAUCUACAGAAAGAUCCAGAAGAACGGCAUCAUCUCACUGCUGGUGCUGUGGGUGGGUCUGGGCAUCCUGCUGAUCAGCACCUUUACCACCCUCUCAAUUUCGGCCAGAAGCCCCGGCACCAAGGGUCCACUUCAUCCUCCUCCAGCACCUGUCAAGAACAACCAGCAACUACCAGACCUCCCAGAACUGCUCGAAAAUCUUCCAAACAAGAAGCCAGUGGAGAUAGAGAAACCUGACCUUCCAGCCGUGGAGGUGGUACAACCGCACAACCAAGCUGAGCCCCCCCAGAUUAAAGGACCGGUGGAGCUGCCUGAGAGGAAGAAGGAGGAAGAGGUGCAGCUGGACCGCCCUGAUGCUGGUGUCGCUGUACCAGAGGGCGAGGCCCACCGCCAUGAGCCACCCAUCCCUCAUGACGAGGUCAUGGUUGACACGAGAAAAAACAACGAGGAGCUGGAAGAGGAAAAGAAACAACCUGCAGGGGGAGGAGAGGAAGAAGCUAAAAUAAAUAAAGAGCCAGGUUUAGGGCACGCUGCGGAGGUAGUGGACAUAAAAGACAACAAGGUUGAAGAGAAACCAAAGCCAGCAGAGGCUGUUGUGGCGAAAGAGGACGUGGAUUUAGGUGGAGGUGAAGUCCAGUCCAAUGAGAUCGCAGAGAAGCCUGCUGCAAAGGCAGACAAAAAGCAGGAUGUUCACCAGCUAAAAGAAGCGGAGAAGCUCGAUCCUGUGAAAGAUCCUCUUGCAGGGAACGCAGCUGUGGUCAAUCAAGUCGAUAAAGUGGGCAAAGCUCCAGAUGCUGCGGGGAAACCUCUACUUCCUGAAGGAGACGAGGCUCUAGCCGCAGACAGCAAAGAUACAGCAGACGAGAAGAUGGAUGUGAUAAAAAAGCUGGUCGCAGAGGGCCAGCUCGACCACGCCGUGCUACUGCAGGUGAUCAAGGAGCAGCAAGAGCAGCAGAAGAGACUCCUUGACCAGCAGGAGAAACUACUGGCUGUCAUAGAGGAGCAACACAAGGAAAUCCACCAGAAACAACCUGCUGGGGGUGCUGAAGGUGAGGCAGAGAAAGGCGUCCAGGAUGGAGUGGAAGUGGACUCCGACAAGGAGGCAGCUGGAGUUGGAGCUGGAGUUGGAGCCGGAGUUGGAGCCGGAGCCGGAGCUGGAGUAGCAGAGCCUCAUGACAUGGCCCAGAAUCAAGCACAGACCGGGGAUAAGGGUGCUCAGGUCGGGGCUCUUAAAGUAGCUGUUCAAGCCAAUAACAGGGAGGAUGGCCAUGCUGCAAUUGGAGGAGAAUCCCAUAAGCAGAGUGAGCUGGGGGCGAGGGGAGUGCCACUGGGGAAGAAAAGACCUGAUGACCGCCAGCCUGUACCUCAAAACGACCAGGUGGCUCAACUUAAAAACGAAGAAAGGAGCCUGGAUAAGGAAAAAGAGAACAUAGAAAAUCUUAAAAAAGAACGGAUAGAGAAAGAGGUUCAGGCAAGACUGGAAAAAGAACGCCUUGAAAGAGAGAGAAAAGAGAAGCUGGCCAAAGAGCAGGAGGUGCAGAGGGAAAGAGCAGAGAGAGACAGGAUAGAAAAAGAAGUGCAGGCAAGGUUAGAAAAAGAACGGGUGGAAAAGGAGAGACAGGAAAAGCUGGCCAGACAAAAGGAACUAGAGAAGGAGAGAGCCGAGAAAGAGAGGAUAGAGAAAGAAGUGCAGGCAAGGGUGGAAAAAGAACGACUGGAUAGGGAGAGAAGAGAGAAGCUGGCCAGAGAGCAGGAGCUGGAGAAGGAGAGAGCGUUAAAGGAGGAACUCGCACAGAAGAAAGCUGCCGAGGAGAGACUUCAGCAGGAGCUGCAGAAAGCAGACAAUGAAGUAGUUGAGAGGGUGAAGAAAGAGAAAAAGGCGGAGGAGGAGGCUCGAGAGAGGCUGGCCCAGCUGAAGCAAGAGGCAGAAGACAGACAGGCUGCACAGGGGGCCGAGAGAGAAGACGGCGAAGCUUUGAAGAAAGGAGGACGAGACCUCAAAGAGAAUGAUGCCGCUCAGGCGGACCCCAGAGAAGGUGUGGAAGACGGGGCCGUCAGAGCCGAGGCUCACCCCCAGGGCUCCCACGAGAAGGUCAGGGACCAGGGAGAGAUGGAUCUAAAGCGGAGGCGCAGGGCACUGGGACCCGGAGACGCUGGAGGGCCCCCGGAGGAGACUGGGGUGUCUAGAGGGGUGCCGGGGCUGGAGCCCCUGCUGGAGCUGGGGGGCUCAGACCUGCACGCCGCCCUGGAGGAUCGGCUACUGGCUGGGGCUAUGGUGCACUCGCGGCAGAUUAAACAGGCCUCAGAGGAUGAAGGGGCGAAAUAACACAUCACACACUCCCAGAUUCUCUCUCAACGAUUGGACAGUAACUUCAGCACACGCUAUACACCUGCAGAAAACUUGUAAUACUGUGGACCAUGAUAUCGAUGCCUUACGUUCUUUCUUGCCUUCAGAAAUGUUGUGGACAAAGAGGAACAUUUUCUCUUUCUUGAUACUGUGCGCUCCAGAAAUAACCCAAAGUCUUUAUGAAAGAGCAAAGUGCGUGUAAAUAUUAACUUAUUUUUGUGUUUAAGGAGGAGAAUUUUGACAAGGUUAUUGUUGAAAUGUAUAUAAAUCUAUGCAAAUACCAUUCUAUUACGUGUUUAGACAGGGUGGAUAUAUUAAUGUCUGUAGUUGAGUUUCUUUUUAUCACCACCUCUGUGGCGUCUGUUUGUGCUUAUUGUCUCCUGUGCUGUUUUUCCGUUAAAUGUUGGGUUAGUGUGUUUGUGAUUGUUACUUUGAGUUGUAAAUAUUGUAAAUUCAUGUUAAUUGUGAACCACGUAUUGGAUGUGAUGUGGGUUCAGGCGCCUUGGUAAGAGUUGUUUCAUUAUACUUUCAUUCGAAAGUAACUGAAUUCAAGCUCAUGCUGGAGCUAUGAGGUAUUUAAUGUAGCCUUACUGUUUGAUAAACUGUGGACGACGAAGCAGCCGGAUCCAGGCCAUCACUUAUCGAGCAUUCCAUCUUCGAAAUCUGUUCCUAGUUGAUUUAUUAGUGCCUUCAAAUCCAUAUGCUGCUGUUUUAUUAACACAAAAUGUGGCAGUGUUUUUGUUUCCACUCUUACUGUAAACUACAGUGAUUAUGAAAGUGGAAGGACAUGUGGGCUACAUUUGUAGUGUUUCUUUGUAAUCCAACUUCUCAGAUAAUUCCUCCAUCAGAUGGCAUUUCAACACAUUUUGGACCUUUGCUUAGUACAAAAGGCUAUUUUUGUAUUUUUCUAUGGGGGUUGAAUUUCUGUACAUUUUGCUGGUAAUAAUAAAUAAAAACAUCUCUAUUACA